CCAUGGCUACCUGGUAUCUCUACAUACCAAUAUUCCUGGUCCUAUAUGUUUUCACAAAGCACUUUCUAAACAAAAUCAAUAACCUUCCUCCAAGUCCAUUCCCAUGUCUUCCCAUCAUCGGCCACCUCCACCUCCUUGAGAAGCCUCUCCACAAAACUCUACUCGGCAUCGCAAAUCGGUACGGCCCCGUACUCUUCUUCAAGUUCGGCUCACGUUCAGUCGUCGUCGUCUCGUCGCCGUCUGCCGCGGAAGAAUGUCUGGCCAAGAACGACAUCGUUUUCGCCAACCGCCCUCGCUUGCUCAUCGGGAAACACUUGGCUUACGACUACACUGGUCUCUCUUGGGCUCCUUAUGGUGAUCUUUGGCGAAACCUUAGGAGAAUUUCAUCGAUCGAGCUUUUGUCGACGAGCCGCCUACAAUUGCUGUCGAGCAUACGCAUGGACGAGGUGAAGUCAUUGAUGAGGAAGCUGUUGUGCCAUCGAGAUGAACCUGUUGAGUUCAAGACAGCAUUCUUCGAGUUAACAUACAAUGUAAUGAUGGGGCUGAUAGCAGGGAAAAAGUAUUACGGUUGCGAAAACGAGGAGAUCAUGGAGGAAGCUGCAAGGUUUCGAGAGAUUCAAAUUGAGGCUCUCGAGUUGAGUUCUGCGACGAAUUAUGGUGAUUUCUUGCCUUGGCUUAAGUCCAGGAAGCUGGAGAGUAGAAUGGUGGAGUGUGGUAAAAAGAGGGACAGGUUUAUGCAAGAUCUUGUAGAGCAGCACAGAAGAAAAAUGAGGAGUGAUCCCAAUGGAGAGAGGAAGAAGACCAUGAUUGAGAUUUUGCUGUCAUUACAAGAAUCAGAACCUGAGUUCUACACCGAUGAGAUCAUUAAAGGCCUGAUGAUUAUUUUAUUGAUGGCAGGAACCGAAACUUCGAUUAGUACCAUGGAGUGGGCGCUUUCGCUUUUGCUGAACCACCCUGAAGUGCUUACAAAGGCUCGAACUGAGAUUUUGAACACGGUGGGAAAUGAGCGUUUGAUCGAGGAGUCCGACCUGCCUCAACUCCCUUACCUCCGGUGCAUCAUAAGUGAAACUUUGAGAAUGUACCCACCGGUUCCAAUGCUGGUGCCUCAUGAAUCAUCAGAGGAGUGCAGGGUCCAGGGUUUCCGAGUUCCGAGUGGCACCAUGCUGUUGGUCAAUAUAUGGGCUAUACAGAAUGAUCCCAGGAUUUGGGAGGAGUCUGCAAGGUUCAAGCCGGAGAGGUUUGAAGGACUAGAGGGUGCAAGAGACGGGUUUAAGUCGAUGCCGUUCGGGGCAGGACGGAGGGGAUGUCCCGGAGAGGGCCUGGGACUCAGAAUAGUCGGACUGACUUUAGGUUCGUUGAUUCAGUGCUUCGAGUUGUCGAGGAUCGGAAACGAGUUGGUCGACAUGAGUGCCGGAACAGGGUUCACCAUGCCCAAAGCUCGACCCUUGGAAGGAAAAUGCAGGCCACGCCCUGCCUUGCUUAAGCUUCUUUGUAACAUCUGAACUGAUCGGCGGAGAUGAUUCCUAGUUGUUGCAACUGAAUAAUUUCAACUAAUAA